AUGAAUUUUGUUGCAUUCAAAGUUAUAAUACAUCAAAGAAUCUAUCAGAGUUACAUUAGUUGCAGGCGGGAUGACUUUUCAAUCAUGCAACAUUGCAUUAAAGGUAGCGCAAAUAUUUUCGAAAAGAGUUGUAAUCUUCUUCAUCUGUUAAAUACGGAGAAUGCUCAAGUUCAAGUGAGCGAAAAUGGAUGA